AUGGCGAUUCACGGCCAUCAUCGACGAGAGCCCCAGGUGGGAGAUAACCAAGGGCCGGACCGUAUCACCUUCAAUUCUAAUGUGCCAUUGUCGACCGAUGCACCGAUUGCCACAGCAGAAGUGACUACUUUCACUGUCACCAGUGGUCCAUUCGCCGUCGAAACUAGCAUAAAUGGCCAACUCACCACCGUUACCGCUACGAGCGAGGUACCUGUCACCAACGCCGCCGCCUAUUCCUCCAUCGUCUCUGCCGAGUCGGCCUCUCGCGCCGCCGUAUCAUCCUCCAGAACCACCUCUGAAGCCGCCGCGACGUCAAGUGCCUCUUCAGGCGGCUCGUCAAACAAUCUGGCCACCCUGAUACCCGCCAUCGUCGUGCCGGUAGUCGUGGUUCUCUUAGCGUCGUUCGGUGGCUUUUGGUGGUGGAUGAGGAGGAGACACAGGAAGGAACUCCAGAAUACAGAUUUUGCGAUGGCUGGGAAGGGUGAGAAGCUGAACAGUCGCUCCAACAGCAGUCGCUCCGGAAACCCGCCAUUGAACCCUGAAAAGGAUUCCAAUGUCACCGUCACUGAAGUUGCCCCUCCCAAGCCAUUCGGUGACGAGCGCCCCAAGAAUUCGUUUGAUGCGAUUGGAAUGGCCAGGCCGCUCACGUCCGACGAAUCUCAGGCGGCCCGCUCACGGCCACAAAGUCCCAAGAUGCCCUUCAGCGGCCCGCGCGACGGCCCACGUGAUGGCCCAAGGGACCGGGGCUACCAGAACUUCAGCGGACCUCGCCCCAACACUGCCCGAAGGCCACCGCCUUCUCGAGAUGAGCGUUCAAACCGGAAUCGCAGCAACAGCUCUCCAGGCAAUCGUGGCAUGCCCCCUCCACACCGUCCUGGUCCAGGAUAUAGGGGUCCGCCCCCACCCCGGGACAUUGGACCAAGUCCAAUUAUGCGCAAUCAUGCUUCUCCUCCUCUUGGCAGUGGACAACCUCGUGCAGGCCCGCCUCCAUCGAACUCGCUCCACUCGCAACCUCGUGCUGCACCUGCACCUCCUGCCCAAAGCAAGCUGAGAGCCGCAUCCCCAACUACUGGCAUCAACAGAUCCAAUGUUCCCCCGGCACUAGAUUCGCCGCCGCCAGGUGCUUUCAACGGUGCAUCACCAAUCUCUCAAUACUCUCCUAUCGUAAAAGAAACACCAAACAUCAACUCAGUCGCGACAUUCGGCACGAGCCCUCCAAGGCAGCCAUCACGUGAUGGCACCAAACCACCACCCAUCAUCACAACUGACCUAGGCUCCGGCCUCGGCCUCGGUGCUCCGGCCGUCUCGAAAGAUAACUCUCGCUCAGUAUCGCCUCGCUCCCCAGAGGACUCUUUCCUCUCAGAAGAAAAUAUGCGCAUCGCUCGCCUUGCAAACUCCAGCCGCCUUGGCUUCAACCAAACUUCAAAGCCUUCCUCACCUGGCCCGGGGGCCCAACGUCCUGUUGCCGACUUCUCGAAACCCCUUGGCUACAGAAGGAACAAUGGCAAUGACUCACCUCUUGCCCCCCUUAAUGCCGCCCAGUCUGCACCGGGCCAAUCUCCUGCGGCCACUUCCGCCUCGAAUCCUUCCCCAAAACUCCCUCCUCCAGCCACACUCUCUCAGCUAAUCCCAUCGGAUUCGCCCCGCGACGAACGCAAACCACAGUGGAACUACUUCGGAAAUGCUCCCAGUAUCGAGUCGCCAACCAGCUCUGUUUACUCUGGACCCACUCAUAAUCGACCCAUGCCCGCCAACGCACGUAGCAAUCUUGGUGGCAAUGGCAAUGCUAGAGACGACGAUGCGCAGAGCGAAAUCUCAGACCUGGACAACUAUGAAGACAUCGACGCUAAGUCUGAUGUAUCAAGUCUGAACGAAUUCGAGCGCUUCGACUUCGAUAGCCACAGCAGCAGUCGACCGGGAAGUUCGAAUGUAAGGGCUGGCUCCGCUGCCAGACGCUAG